AUGAAGUCGGUACUUUCGAUUCAGUCCCAUGUCGCUCAUGGCUACGUAGGCGGAAAAGCUGCCGUGUUUCCGCUUCAGACACAGGGCUGGGAGGUGGACAAUGUGAACACUGUCAACUUUUCAAACCAUACGGGUUAUGGUACUUAUAAAGGGUCGGCCAUCUCGUCGGCUGAUCUUUCCAGUAUUUUUCACGGCUUGGAUUCCAUACAAAUGCAAUACGACGCCGUGCUUUCGGGCUACAUUCCCAACGCUGAGCUCAUCGAUGAGGUGUCUCGGUACGUCAAAAGGGUCAAAACUCAAAAACCAAACACAAUUUAUCUCUUUGAUCCGGUGAUGGGAGACCAGGGUUUUUUGUAUGUUAGUGAGUCAUGCGUGGCUCGAUACCGCCAGCUCUUAAACGAGAGAAUCAUAGACAUCAUCACACCCAACCAGUUUGAAUUGGAGUUGUUGUGUGGCUUCAAAAUCAACUCCAACGACGAUCUACGCUCAGCCGUGCGAAUGCUCCACGAUGAAUACCAUAUCAAAUACGUGGUGAUAUCGUCACUUGAGGGAGACGCCGACCACAUUCGAUGCGCCGUAUCUGCCUACAACGACGCUCACAUCAACGAGUUUCAAAUUCCCAUCAUAAAGUCAUAUUUUACUGGUGUUGGUGAUCUCUUCAGCGCUCUCUUACUUGACAAAUUCUACACUUAUGUCGAGAAUGAGGAUACCAACAUCCACACCCUCACUGCCGCCGUGAAUACAGCGCUCACCAUCACCCAGAAAGUAUUGAUUUUGACCCAUGAACUUGGAGUAAAAGCAUUUAAAAAGGCUGAAGGCUACAAUAUCGACCAGCCUGUGGGAAUUAUCAAUGAUGCUGCCACCAUGAAAUAUUUCGAACUCAAAGUUAUCCAAGCCAAGGACUACUACAGCAUAAAAGAUGGCACUUUCAAGUCAUAUUCUGUACACACCUAA